AUGACUACAGCUAGUCCGAAAGCACCUUUCAAGCUUCCCCCUGUAAUCGCUGCGCUUAGCCAGCCGGACUCGUUGGAAUCCUUGCGCUCACCCCAGCUCAAUCAAAACUUCAAUGACAGCUCCUUGUUGCGCGACUCCGUGGCCGUGUCGGAGUUCAACGAGAUUGCCCUCGACGAUGACAACUUCUCACCCGUGGCACUAACAGCUCGUCCUGGACAACCUGGGACGUACCUUCCGUCUGAAGCGUCACGUCGAAACAGCACUUCCAGUCGACAGAGUACUUCCAGUCGGCCUGCUAGUACUUCGUUGCCCAUCGCUCCCGCUCUAGAUUUAACUCCUACGAAAUCCCAUAGGAAAACGGCCUCAACAACGACAAUACGUUCGACCCACGAGAAGCACCUCUCCUUGACACUGUUAAACCGACUUGAUCUUGAUGGUGUUGAAGGAAAGGCUGCAAGAGGCAGUGUAGAUGGCCAAUUGAAGUUGCAGGAGGAAUUUGCUCGACUCCAGGAGAAGGAGCGAGAGAAGGAGCAUUCUGCUACAGAAGGUAGCAUCAAUUGGGAUUUCUGGGGAGCAGUAAUAUCGGACUAUCGGGGGUUCGCGUCCGAACGUUCCGAAGAACUCGCUCAAGCAAUACAGAAAGGCAUCCCGGCUACGCUAAGAGGGAUGAUGUGGCAACAUAUGGCUGCUUCCAAAGAUCCUGAGCUAGAGGCCACCUAUCUGAGAUUGCUGAAGGAAUCAAGCCCUCAUGAAAAAGCGAUAACUCGAGAUCUAGGACGGACAUUCCCUCAUCACGAUUUUUUCACAGACGGCCAAGGUAUCGGGCAAGAGAAUCUCUUUAAUGUGUUGAAGGCCUAUUCAUUAUAUGACCCGAAUGUGGGCUACUGCCAAGGUUUGCCCUUUAUAGUGGCGAUUCUUCUUCUCAAUAUGCCAGAUGAAGAGGCAUUCUCCCUUCUUGUGAGGAUGAUGAGCGUAUACGACCUGCAAGGCCAUUUCUUACCGGAAAUGCCGAAACUUCAAAUGCGUCUGUUUCAAUUUGAUCGGCUUGUCGAAGAGAUGCUGCCCGUCCUCCAUGUGCAUUUUCUGCGACAAGGGAUUAAGUCCAGCAUGUUCUGUUCCCAGUGGUUUCUGACCCUGUUCAGCUAUCGCUUCCCUCUUGAAAUUGUGUUUAGGAUAUACGACAACUGCUUAGCGAGCGGAAUCGAGGCCAUCUUCGGAUUCAGCAUCACGCUUUUGAAGAAGAACGAAGAUGCGCUCCUUGCCCUCAAAUUUGAUGAAAUCUUGUCGUUUCUGAACACAAAGUUGUUUGACCACUACCUUAUAACGGAUUCAGAUCCUCCACCAGAACCGGCAACCUCAAAGUAUAAAGUAGAUGAAUUUGUUCAGGACGCGGCAUCCUUGCGCAUUACUCCAUUCAUGCUUGACUGUUAUAGACACGAGUAUGAAGACAUCGUGCGCGAAAGCAAUAAACACGCUACGCAAAUCGACGAGCUAAGGAAUAGUAAUAGGACAUUGUCAAAUCAAGUGAAAACACUCGAAAACAGCCUCGCUCAACUGAACACGGAACACGUCGAAGUCCUGAACGAAUUGGUGAAGCAGCGGCUCAGAAACGAGGAGAUGGAACAGGAACUCGUUCGUUACAAACUUUUGUAUGCGGAAGCCAUGCACCAGAAUGAAGGAGCGAACACCUCGAAUCGGAUGUCGCUUGCUCAAAUCAUGCAGAGCUUAAAGAGGGGGAGCAGUGGGUAG